AUUUUGUUAAUUUUCCCGGUAUUGUCAAGUGGUGUCUGCUCUGCUAGUGUGCUCCAUUCCAACAGAACAUACUGCACGAGCAAUGUCGACCCAGCUCACCACGGAUAAGAUCGUCCAGUUCCAACAAAUCUUCACCAAAAUCGCGAACGGAACUGGUCACAUCGGUCCGAAUGAGCUCCGAACCUGGUUACAGUCCAUGGGGCAAGACCCGACCGACGAAGACGUUAAGGAACUGAUACGUGACGCCGACUUGAACAUGACGGGGAAGAUCAAUUUUUUCGAGUUCCUGGUUCUGAUGGACCAGAUCCUGACGAUUCGGAGGGAGAGCCGUCUGAGGGAGAUGUUCGAGAAGUUAGAUCGGGACGAGGACGGGUACAUCAACGCUGCGGACCUGACGUACGUUAUGACAUGGCUGACGAGACAGGAGGCGGUGGAGAUGAUCCAAGAAGCAGACGGAGAUAAAGAUGGCAAGGUGAGCUACACAGACUUCGUGAAGAUCAUGGGUCCGGAUUGAGCGACGGUCAUCCUCUACAUCUGCUUGGAGAUCUACUGAUGAAGUUUUCAUUUGUUGAUGGCUGAAUUUUGUAUCGUGCACGUGGUAUCAUUCAAGUAGUUCUAGUAUACUGCAUAUUCUAGACCCCUAUAGACUAUAUAGCGAGGGCGCUGGUGUAGGGCAUUAAUGUUACAAAAUAGUGCGUUUUCGUAAACAUUUAUAAUACUAUUUGACACUUACACGGAACCAACACUAGUCUAUAAACCACUCGCGCUAGCAAAAACAUCAUCUAACUACAAUGUAACGGAAAAACGUAAGUUCGUUUACACAUGUUUUAAGCAGAGAGAAGAAGAAUUAAAACUAUAGAAGAUAGAAAUAAAGCAUAGCAUAGCUUUCCUGUCAUCCUCGUUGUAACUACUGUAAUUUAAUGUAUUCAUGUAGCCUCAGUUGGGCAUGGACAUGCAAUAAACUUCAUUGUCAUUGCCAUUCAUUACAACAACAAUAACAUAUACUGUAUAGUUUGAAGUGUAACAUGACUUUGAUAAAUAUAGAUUAGUUAAUGCAGGAACAGAACUUUGUGUAAUGAAUACAUUGUAGUUUGAGUUUAAUGUGCUGUCGAUCGGUGCUUAGAAAUGGAAGUAUUUGUAUUUGCUGUACCAGAAAGCAUUUCUUAAGAAUAUAAUACAGUACCAACACGUAGGGAAUGUGAAUUUAUAUUUGUAACUGGUUAUUACUGGUAAUAUGUGUUUUGUUUUAAAUAUAAUGGGAAUCAAGCUGUUGUAACGCUUGGCACUCAUGUCAAUGUAAAAAUAAAUGAAUGUAUGGAGGAGUAAACCAUGGUUCA